CACGCUCUGCGAGCUAAGCUACAAGAGCACCACUACGUACGUGCACUUCCACUCCCGGACUUGCACCGAAGCAAUGGCGUCCAAGUCCACCGCUUGUUUUCCGGCGCUCUUCCUGGCGCUGAACCUCCUCCUGGUCGCCGGCGUCCGCGGCCAGACCCCCGCGGCCGGCCGCAACCCGUGCCCGACGAACGCGCUGGCCGACCUCAAGGUGUGCGCCGACGUGCUGGUGCUGCUCAAGCUCAAGAUCAACGUGCCGGCCAACCAGCAGUGCUGCCCGAUGAUCGGGCAGCUCGUCAAGCUCGACGUCGCCGCCUGCCUCUGCGCCGCCAUCAAGCUCAGCGUCCUCGGCAUCCCCGUCAACCUGCCGCUCGACAUCCCCCUCGUCCUCAACUACUGCGGCCGGAACGCAACCGCAGCAGGCUCCAAAUGCUCGUGAAGUCCCAACAUACAGCUGAUUAAAAAAAAAAACAUGCAUGCAUACUACUCCUACCUACGUAGUACGUACAUUGGUGUGCUUAAUUUACCUUCUCAUGUGUGCCAUAGGUUUGUUGUAUACGUAGAUGUUUCGUUGAUUGGCAUGUCGAUGAACAUCCCGAAGGUAAAUCGCAGAGUUGUUUGUGUUUUACUGCAAAUAAUAAACGUUACUUCGGUUUUGUCAACCGCAUGUGACUGCUAAUUUCUCCCCUGUAUGUCCAAGCAUAAAUGUGAUCUUCUCUCUAUUCAUA